AUGUCUGAUGACGAGUCGACAAAUGCUGUGUGUCCUGUCCCGCCGUCAGUACCAAACUCUAAACCUCAGUUUGACGUGAACUCUCCCCCUAACACCGCAGAGUCGAUUCUGGAGUACAAGUGCAAUGCUGGGUAUACGGCACAGGGGAAAGUCAGGUGUCAAGUGGACGGUACAUGGACUCAGAUGUCCUGCACCGAAGACUGCCCAAGACCUCCUGCCGUACCAAACAGUAAUCAACUAUUUGAUGUGUCAACCGCCUCUAAAUCACAGGGAACGUCUUUGCAUUAUGAAUGUCAGACAGGGUUUGUACCUGAAAAUGAUCUUGAAACGAUCACCUGCCAAGCUAGCGCCACCUGGACAAGUAUAGUUUGUAAACGACCAGACUGUCCCAGUCCUCCUGUCUUUGCAAAUAGUAAUGAAAAAUUUGUCCGAUCAACAGUUUCCACAGUGUACGGAGCUACUGUAAGGUUUGAAUGUACAUCAGGGUUUGUAGCUGAGAAUGAUGUUACAACCAUCACCUGUGGUGUAGACGCCACAUGGACAAGCAUAGGUUGUAAGCGUAAGUGACGUAUUAACUA